AUGUCUUCCCCAAAACAAACAAUCGCCUUCUUCGGCGCGACCGGAGGAGUCGCCGGCUCGAGUCUCGCCCUCGCACUCAAAGCAGGCCAUCACUGCACCGCCCUCGCCCGAACUCCCUCGAAACUCCACACCUUCCUCCUCACCUCGCACAACCUCCCCGCCUCCACCCUCUCCACCCACCUCACCAUCCACGCCGGCGACGCGAAAUCCGCCUCCGACGUCGCCCGCGCCCUAGUCUCCCCGCUCAACGCGAACGUCCUCGUCGACACCAUCUACACCAGCAUCGGCGCCUAUCCCACCUUCCAGCUCUCCCUGCUGCAGCCCUUCGUCCUGACAGACCCGCACGUCUGCGAGUCCGGCAUUGCUGCUAUCUACGCGGCGAUCAGCGCCCUCGCUGAACGCGGCGUUUCCACAACGCAGGAUGGACGCAAACCCCUGCUCGUCGCGAUAAGUUCGACGGGCGUGGCUGGCAGGACGCGCGACGUGCCGUGGCCCAUCGUUCCGUUGUACCACUACCUCGGGUCGUCGCCGCACGCGGAUAAGCGAGCCAUGGAGGAGCUUGUGCGGGGCGAUAGGGGGGAGCAUGUGAGGGGGUUUGUGGUGGUGAGGCCGAGUUUGCUGACGGAUGGGAGGCCGAGGGAGCUGGAGAGCGUGAGGGCGGGGUGGGAGUGGGGAGUUGAUGUUGAUGGUGUGCAGGGGAAUGGGGGGGAGAAGGAGCCCGGGCCGCAGGUUGGGUGGUAUGUGGCGAGGAAGGAUGUGGGGGAGUGGGUGUUUAGGAAGGCGGUGGUGGAGGGGGGGUGGGAGAGAAGGUGUGUGAGUUUGACGUAUUAG